AGAAACUACCAGUUACAGAGGACGCGAUUCUGGGCUGGCAGCUGGCAGUUGCGCCACUUUACCCCUAUGUGCAUACAAGGUGGCUGAUGUUUUAUAGGAGCUGCUUGAGGAUGUUGGAGAAUUUGAUGAGUCCGUUGAACAAACCCUGCAAGAUGCGUAUGGAGAUGACGGUGAAGACGAGAGAACAGGCGAUGAUCCAUAUGGCGGGAUGCCACUUGACUUAUACGAAAAUAUCGUUGAAUUUAAAAGAAGUGGCACCUAUCCUCCCAUUGUUGACGCUCGACACGAUCGCAGCGCUCUUAGUCACUGGAGAGCAAGAUGUCUUCGCUUUGUUCUGGCCGACGACAAUGAGACAUUACUAUAUUACAAUCCAUCCAGUAGUGUAAACGAUCAGCCAAAGGUCGUUGUGAAAAAGGGUGAAGUGCGUCGGGUUAUCGAGAGAAUUCACGAUUUGAUUGGUCAUCUGGGACAGAAGCGAACGUAA